AUGCCACCCAGUGACCCCACAUCUCGACCGGUGGUCAUUCUUGGUGCGGGGGUCCUCGGCCGGCGGCUCGCCGUCAUGUGGGCCUCGACGGGACGGCCCGUUAUCCUCCACGACGUCGACCCCGGAGCCCUGGCCUCGGCCAUCGCUUACAUCGCCGACGCCCUCACCACCGUCUGCGCGAUGCGCGAGACGCACCCCGGGCAUGUGACGACCAGCACCGUCCUUGAAAAUACCUGCGGCGCACGCCCCUGGAUGGUCAUCGAGGCGCUCCCCGAAGACCCGGAAAUCAAGCGCGCCAUGCUCGGCAGGGUCGACGCCCUCGUGCCCGAAGACUGCAUCUUGGCGUCCAACAGCUCGACGUGGCCCACGUCGGCCCUGAGGAACCUGGUCACCCGCCCGGAGCGUCUGCUCAACACGCACUACCACCUUCCGCCCCGCAACACCUACGUUGAGCUCAUGACCUGCGGCGCCACCGACCAGGACCUCGUGCCCUUCCUGGAAGCCCAGAUGCGGAGCGUCGGCUUCACCCCGCUGGCGCUGCCCCGCGAGUCCGUCGGCUUCGUCUUCAACCGCAUCUGGUCCGCCAUCAAGUCGGACACGCUGCGCGUCCUGCAAGCAGGGCUGGCGUCGCCGAAGGACAUUGACGCCCUCUUCCGCGACUUCUUUCACGCCGAGAAGGGGCCUUGCGAGAAGAUGGACGAGGUCGGGUUGGACACGGUCUGGCAAGUCGAGAGAAACCGGCUGGGAAUGGGCGUCCUGGAUCCGGCCAAGGCAGGAUACACGGACUGGCUGGAGGAGAACUACGUUUCGAGAGGCAGGCUGGGAGAGAAGACGGGAGACGGGCUGUACUCGUCCAAGGAGAGGAGCUUGCUUGCAGAGAAGAGGGCACUGGCAAAGUAG